AUGUAUUCAAAACCCAUUCGCGUUGCUAUUGGAUCUAAAUUGGAUCAAUCUUCGCAUCGUUCUCCCAAAACUAUAGUAACAAUACCGAGUAAAUCUCUACACGCGCAAUCGGCCGGCACAGAAGAACGGCAAAGGCAACAGGCAAAUGAUGGAACAAGAAAAAAACACAUUUUUUGGGGCAAAUUACCAGACGACGAGGAGCCAGAAGCGCCGAUUGAAGAGCAGUUUAUUUUGAGGCUGUUGUUGCCUGAAGAUGUAAAACAGCGUUUUAGAGAGAAAGUGAGAAAACAAAAGUUUGCGGAAGAUGUUGAAAUCAUGUUUAAGGACUCUCGUCGUGCAAUUUUCACGUUUGAAAAUCAAAAAUAUAGCGCACGACUAGUGGAUUUGCCCUGUAUCAUUGAGGCACAAAAGACCUUCAACAAUAAACAAUUUUAUAAAGUUGCGGAUAUUUGCCAGAUGUUAAUAGUGGAAUCACCGAUUGAUACUCAAGAAGAGGAAUAUUUUUUUACAGAAAAUACGGCAUCGUCAAGUAUUGAUCAAUUUGAAUGGCCAGAUGGGUUAACGCCACCAUUGAAAGAUGUUAGAAACAGGAGAUUUAGGAAACGUAUUUCUAAUAAGAAAAUUGAAGACAUCGAAAAAGAGGUUGAAAAAUUAUUGCAUGAUGAUUCAUUGGCAGAAGAGGUUAAAAUUGAUUGGGAAGAUGCAGUCGAUUCGGAGACUGCGACACCAGCAGCACUUGCAGAAUCACUUCCAGAAGAAGCAGAAGAAUUUGAAGGAGACGUAUUAGAAGAUGACGACUAUGAAGCUGAAGAAUUUGAAGAGUUUCAAGAGGAUGUAGAUAUAGAUGCAUUGCAAGAGUAUGAGCAAGUUUUGGCAGAAGGACAAAGCAAUAUGCUCGACGAAUCAGACAAUGAUGAGCAAACACAGAACGAUGAUAUUACAGAAGAGUUCAGAAUUGGAUUAGAUCAAUUAUCGGAUGACGAUGAAAGUCAAGAGAGUAAUGCUGAAGAUGGUGAAGAAUCUGAUGCAAGUGAAACAGAUUCAGAAGAAGACCAAGAAGAGUUGGGCAAACUUUUUACGAAACAAAGAGAAUUAACAACAGAAUUAACAAAAUUGGAGGCCAACCUAAAUAAGAAAAUUUCAGAUUUGAGGGGAGAGAUUAACGCCGUUAUGCAGGGACGAAUCCAAAACCAGGUUAAUGCACUAUUAACAGAAAUAGAGCAGAAAAAAACCUUAUUGGCAGAAGCAGCACAAAGGGUGACAGAUAUCAAAGAAAAGAUGGAAUCAAAAGUCGAAGCAUUACUUGCCAAUGCUUCUAAUUCCGAAAUAUCUUAG